AUGACUGCGUUUAGAUUUAAUAUUACGGAACAACCUGUUCAAAUGCGUCCGGCUCUCCCGGUUCCUAACUAUGUCUGGAAUUUAUAUGAUAAAGUACAAAAGGAAGAUAUUGACUCAAUUCGACAUUACUAUCCUCAAAGAAUUACGGAAACUAACGAAAGAAUGUUGCUUUUGCGGUACAACCUUACUGUAACGGGACAAAACCUUACCGACGAACGAGUUAUUGGCGCUGUGCUAAAACUGAAGUUAAAUCGCGGGGUCAGACAGCGACGAGUUAAGAUUUUUGAAAUUGACCAGAGGAAUCCUGAUAUAUCAAGGUGUGUGGAUGUGUUGAUAGAUUCACGGCAGUUUGAAGCAGAACCGAGAAAAGAUCACCAAUGGGUGGAUAUGGAUGUUUCUGAAACCUUAACAAGAAGAAGGCUUGAUAUGCAAUCGGUUGUUUUUGCGGUGGAAUUGACUGAUGGUGCAAUGACUUACGGGGUGCCGUCUGCAGCGUACACAGUAUCCUCAAUGCCAUACAGCCGAACACAGGAGGCAGCGCUUGUUGUGUAUAUCCAGUCGAACGAUGCCGCCAAGAGUCGGAGGAAACGUAGGGCUGGAGAGAGAAAAAAGAGGCAGCACAAAAACAAAAAUCACAGAAAAGAAGCAAAAAUGUGCCGUCGAAGAGAACUAACAAUUGAUUUUAAGCAGCUGGGGUGGAACGAUUGGAUUCUUGCUCCUACAAGCUACAAAGCUUAUCAGUGUCAAGGUGAGUGUCCAUAUCCAAUGCCGAAUUCGAUGAACACAACGAAUCAUGCUAUCGUACAAGGAAUUUUAAAUUCAAUUGAUCCUGAAAGAAUUCCACCACCUUGUUGUGUUCCAAUUGAGAUGGAGAGUUUGGCAAUUUUGUACAUUGACGUUGAAGGAAAAAUUGUGGUUAAGAAGUAUCCGGAUAUGGAGGUUAAAGCGUGUGGGUGCCGAUAA